AUGAGCAUGAAUUUGAGAAACUUGAGGGUAUCUCCUUCAAACCAAACAGUGUUUUCUGUCAGCAACGAAAGGUCAACGUUUGUCGUCAAUAUUCAGCAACGAACAUACACUUGCAGGAUUUUACAAGUUGAUUUGUUACCGUGUCCACAUACUUUGGCUGUAAUUGCAAACACAAGAAAAGAUCCAUAUGAUUAUCCUUCCUAUUAUUACACAAGAGAUGCGUACUUGAAUACAUACCAAGAUUCUGUAUAUCCAGUUGGAAAUCAAGAGGAAUGGACAGUGCCAGAAGAAGUACAGCGAGAAAUAGUGUUACCUCCUAACCAGAAGAGGAGUUGUGGAAGACCUACAGAGAAAAGAAAGAGAUUAUCCAGAGAAGGGAGAUCGACGGCAAAAUGCGGAUGUUGUGGAGGACAGGGUCACAACCGUAGGAGAUGCUCCAGCUUAGCUCCAUUACGCUAA